AUUCGAGGGACUUCGGAUUAAUACCACUCCCCAGCUCUUCCCUAUAAUACUUCGGGAAACCCCCCGUCUAUGCCCAAAGUCCAGGGUAAAUCAACAACGCAAUUCGAAGCAGCUGAUAUGGUUCUCGGCCAAUCUCUAACGACCAGACCUCGCUGACAAAGUGCACGAGAGAUCACGCGAGCCACCAAACUCAGAAGAAGGGCCAAGAACGCAAAUCUGUCUUAUUGUCGCAUGAGCCAGUAUCGAAUCCAAUCUCUAUCGACUCAAGCGGAAACAUAAGGUCCUCGCAACGGUGCUGUAGGAGACUCAUCCGACCAUCCAGACCUUCAACAUGGCCAACUUACCUUCCCACUCAUUAGUCGCACCCCUGCGCACUAGUUUGGCCUGGUCGUUGGCUCGUUCAAGUCACCUGUUGUCGAGACACAGCAAGGUCCUCUGUCGCUCGAUCUGUACCUCGCAAAGACGCUUCGACAAGACACCGACUACAAUUCACAGCCGCAAUGGAGCUAGCAACACUAGGAACUUGAUAGCGGCAAGCAGCUCGGCUCAUGUCAACAAGCUAAGCAACGGCACAGCACGUCGAACAUUUGCCUCAGUCCAAACGUCUCAGGAACCCACACUCGAGACCGAGUUCCUGGUUGUUGGUGCAGGUCCAGCUGGAGCAGCGCUGGCUUGCUUUCUGACGAGCUAUGGUUUGAAAGGCGUCAUGAUCAGCACUGCUCCCGGGACAGCUAACACUCCGCGGGCGCACAUCACGAAUAUGGCUGCAUUAGAGUGUCUGCGAGACAUUGGACUCGACAAAGAUCUGGAAGCUCUGGCUUCGAAGGGUGACGAACAUAUGAUUCAUACCCGAUGGUGCCACAGUAUGGCUGGCGAAGAGUAUGCGCGAAUUCAUUCGUGGGGCAACGGACCCGACAGAAAGGUCAAUGAAGAUGCCAGGCUCCAAAUAUUCAGGCCUUCCACUGACUUUCCAAUUCAGGGUGAAUAUGAGACUGCCAGUCCCUGUGGGCCAAUGGACCUGCCACAGACGCAGCUCGAGCCCGUCCUUGUCCGUUACGCCACAAUGAACGGAUUCAAGACAAGAUUCGACACGACACUCCUGUCCUUCGAGACGGAUUCUGACACAGGACUUAUCACGGCAAAUAUACGCGAUAACCUCUCUGGUCAAGAGUAUCAAGUCCGUACCAAGUACCUAUUCGGAGCCGACGGUGCGCGUAGCCAGGUUGUAAAGCAAUUGGAUCUGCCGCUCUCCGUCAAGCCAGGUCAGGGAAUGGCGAUCAAUGUGUUGGUCAAGGCCGAUCUAUCACAUCUAGUCGAGCACCGAAGAGGUAAUCUGCAUUGGGUGAUGCAGCCUGACAAAGAACAUCCUGAUUUCGGCUGGAUGGGCAUUGUGCGAAUGGUCAAGCCGUGGAACGAGUGGAUGUUCAUCCUGUUCCCGACACGAGAGUGCGAUUUCCAGAUCUCCCCAUCGAAGGAAGAAUACCUGCAGCGAGUCAGAGACUUUAUUGGUGACGACACGCCGGCGGAGAUCCUUGACGUCUCGAAGUGGUUUAUCAAUGAGAUUGUGGCAGAGGAGUAUUCCCAGGGAAACAUUUACUGCAUGGGAGAUGCUGUCCACCGACAUCCUCCCUUCAACGGCUUGGGAAGUAACACAUGUAUCCAAGAUGCCUUCAAUCUAGCCUGGAAGGUCGCCUACGUUCAUCGCGGCCUCGCCGACCCUUCAUUGCUGUCCAGCUAUAGCACCGAGCGGCAGCCCGUCGGCCGACAAAUCAUCACACGGGCCAACGACGGGUUCAGAGAACAUUUUAACGUGUGGCAGGCACUGGGCAUGCUCUCAGAGGACGUGGAGAGCCGUAAGCAGGUCCUCGCGGAAUUGACUGCCCCAACGCCCACAGGCCGUGAACGAAGACAGGCAUUCCAGGCCGCCAUUAGCAACACUUGCCACGAGUUCCACGGCCUCGGCGUUGAAAUGAACCAAGUCUAUUCCGGACCAGGCGUGUAUUCCGCCGACGAAGCAGUACCCUUCAAACACUCCGGACCUGCGGCUGAAGAUCCGGUCCUCUACUACGAGAAGAGCACGUACCCGGGAUGUCGUCUUCCUCAUGUGUGGCUGAACACAACCACUCCUACCGAGCCCAAGUCGACGAUUGAUCUCGCUGGACACGGCGCCUUUACGCUGUUCACAGGCAUUGGAGGCGAGCACUGGCGUGAGGCGGCGAAGAAAGUAUCUGCUGAACUCGGAGUGCCCGUUGAAGUCCACUCGAUUGGGUUCCGAGAGGAGUGGGAGGAUGUUUACUUUGACUGGGAACGGGUGCGAGGAGUGGAAGAGUCUGGCGCGGUGUUAGUCCGACCAGAUCGCUACGUCGGUUGGAGAGCACCAACAGUCUUGGAGAGUGAAGAGGCAUGUGAGUCGAAACUGUCGACUGUGCUAGCCUCGAUCCUUGGCCGCAAAACUAGUUGAGCUGGGGACCUAUAAGCUGUUGUUGAGACACAAACGGCCCGAUCGUGGUGACUUUGUCCGAGCGGCUUGUACAAGAGCAUAGUAUGUGAUUAUCUAAGGGUAUAACGGCGUAUGGCUCAGAGAUUGGAAGCUCAUGGAUGCAACUGAGGCAGAUGCUCGCGUUGGGUACAGUGAAGAGCUUUGGACAAUGAUUUGAAUGAUCUGUCAAAUAUGUAGUGCCUGCCUAGUAGAAAAGCAACAAUUUCCCGGUUCGUAC